CUUAACAUCCUCUCCUCUAGAACUUAUACUUUUCAAUAACAACAUGCCCUCCUCCAAGACCGACACGGGAAUACGACUCCCUCGGAACGAUGACCAAACCCAACGUCUUCGAGACACGACCCAAGAUAAGAGACUCGCCUCCCGACUGCAAGACGCCUCUGACUCGGGCAGCGCAGAAAGCCGUGCAGCAGACCCGACUUCGAACUGGACCCCGGAGGAGAUGUUCGAAUCGACUGUUGAUCAAUACAGUGAUCCAGUUCCCGACCGCUAUGCAUUCACCGAUGGAGCGAGAAUGGAAAGAGGAGCCUUUGGCAACGAUGAGGCAGAUGCAUUCGUGGCAGCUAAUGCCAACUUCGAUUGAGUGUUGAGAUCAUAUCAAGAUAGUUCUUAUGACCGUGAUGGAGCUGAAGUGCGUAAAAGAAUAUCUGGUCUAGCUAGACCUCGAGUAACCUAUUUCUUUC